AUGGUGGCAAAUCAGGAACUCCAGUGGCUACCACAGAGCCCUGGCUUCAACACCAAUAGACACUCACUGGAUGAAUUAGAACAAGCAACCUUAGCUAUGCCCACAGACAGAACUGAAGAUAAAACAGACAAAGAAAGUUUAAAUUUAUUGUUGGGAGAAGAUGUGGCGAAUGCAGCAGAACCUGCCGAUUUUUCCUCCAUGAAGUUCCCCAUCAUAGAAGGAAGACUGGCUGAUGAAGAUGGGACCAAGAGGAUUUUCAUUCUUUCAGAUUCGAGAUCACAAGGGGCUUCUGGAAGUGACGCACGCUCUGCUUUUGGCCGAGCAUUCCCCAUGCUAUCACAGUGGAAAGUGGACCGAGCUCUUACUGAAACGCUAAAGGAUGAGAGGCAUGGAGGAGAGGGUCUCAUGCCUGUAGCCAAAAGAGACUUGGAGAAUAAAUUGCUUCGCUGCAUGAUUGGAAGAGUGUACCGACCCUGCUGGAAAGACUGAAGACCCAGAACACAAAAGGCUCACCCUAUGACUGACUACUGUCCUGUUUUAGUCUAGUCUGCUGAAUUCUGUAAUCAAAACUUCACAAAAAGGACAAAAACUGUAAAG